AUGGCUCCUUAUGAUGCAUUAUAUGGGAGGCCAUGCAGAUUGCCAUUGCGUUGGGAAAAACUAGAUCAGCAUGUCACUAUUGGUCCCAAGAUUAUUACAAGUACUGAUGAGAAGAUUAAGGGAAUCCAAGAGCAACUUAAGGUUAUUCAGAGUCGUCAGAAAACCUAUGUUGAACUCCAUCAACGAGAAGUUGAGCUUGAUGUUAGUGAUUAUGUCUUCUUGAAAGUUACUCCUAUUCGUGUUGUAACGAGAUUUGAAGUGAAAGAAGAUGUGACAUAUGAAGAACAACCUGUCAGGAUCUCGUCGAGAAAUCUAAAAUCGUUAAGGAACAGAGAGAUUCCAAUAGUCAAGAUCUUAUGGCAGAACCACAGAGAAGACAAUGCUACUUAG